AUGCUUCCGUCUUUCGCCCGCCUGGUUGCGGCCGCUUGUGCCUUUGCCGCCACCGCGACAGCCGUCGUCCCCGUAGUGGUGUCAGGAAAGGAUUUCGUGAAUACUAAUACCAAGGACCGUUUCCAGAUCAUCGGUAUCGAUUACCAGCCUGGUGGUUCCUCUGGCUUUGACGGCAAAUCCGAUCCUCUCAGUAAUGGCACCUCUUGUCUGCGCGAUGCUGCCAUUAUGCAGCAUUUGGGUGUAAACACUAUCCGCGUCUACAACCUGUCUCCCGGUCUCAACCACGAUGAGUGUGCCUCCAUUUUCAACGGGGCCGGCAUCUACAUGAUUCUUGACGUCAACUCUCCUCUUACUGGCGGAUACUUGGAUCGUACUGAUCCGGCGAGCACUUACAAUCCGACUUAUUACAACCAGGUUUUUGGGGUCAUCGAGGCCUUCAAGAACUACCCCAAUACCCUUGGCUUCUUCGCUGGAAACGAAGUGAUCAAUGAGCAGAGUGUGCGAAGCGUGCCUUCCUACAUUCGUGCCGUCCAACGCGACAUGAAGGACUACAUCGCUAAGAACGUUAAUCGCUCCAUCCCUGUUGGCUAUUCUGCUGCCGACGUUCGUGACAUUCUGAUGGAUACCGUCCAAUAUAUGUCCUGCGAACUGGAAAAUUCAACCAGCUCUCGUUCUGAUUUCUUCGGCCUCAACUCUUAUUCCUGGUGCGGUGACUCCAGCUAUACCAUCAGUGGCUAUGAUGUUUUGACCGAAGACUUCUCCAACGCCUCCCUUCCCGUUUUCUUCUCCGAGUAUGGCUGCAAUAAGGUGACGCCACGCAUCUUCACUGAAGUCGCAGCCCUGUAUGGCCAGGAUAUGACUCAGGCCUUUUCCGGCGGUCUGGUCUACGAGUACAGCGAGGAACCGAACAACUACGGCUUGGUUCAGUUAAAUUCCAAUGGCUCUGUUACUCUGCUUGUAGACUACUACAACCUACAGAAGCAGUACAACAAACUUGACCUGAGCCGUCUCCAGUCAUCCAACACUUCGCAAACUUCCGUUAAGCCCGUAGAAUGCGGCUCAUCACUUAUUACCUCGUCUGACUUCCUUAACGCCUUCAACCUGCCUACCAGACCAACAAAGGUCCAGGAUAUGAUUGACAACGGCCUUUCUAAUGCGAACACGGGCAAACUAGUUUCCGUCCAGUCUACCUCUAUUCCAGAGACGGUCUAUGAUUACUACGGCAAUGUCGUCACCGGCAUUAAGUUACAGGUUCUCGACACGGACAAAGCCAACACCCCCGGCCAAAGCACACCUCUCUCCACCGGUUCUCCUACCAGCCCUGGUGCCUCGAGCUCGACCGCAAGUGCAACCGCAAGCCCCAGCGCCAGCGGUGCUUCCAGCAGCGAGAAGAGUGCUGCAUCUGAAGUGUCCAUGUCCUGGUUCCUUGGAGCGCUGAGCGGUGCUUUUGUUAUGGUGGGCGUUUGGCUUUAA